ACUUGAAGUUGUUUUAGCGUACUUUUGUUUUACUCAACGAACUUCCCCGCGAUAUGAUGCAAAUGAUCAAUUUAGCUCAAGCAUAUCCAGACUGAUGUUACAAUAAUCAUUCCCAUCUAAGAUUCACACGUUCGGCUCGUCAUGUAGGGUAUAAAAGAAAGGAAGAUCGGAUUAAUUGCAAGAUGUUGUAUCCCAACUUCACUUUAUCAUCCAUCCAGAAUGGCAAAUUCAACACCUGUUAAAAUUCCUGCCGGUCCAUACACCUUGGCCGCUUUAACAUUUGCUCCUGCAAGUGGUGCACCGGAUCGUAAAGGUGCUGCAGUUGUUGUAAGUCAUCCUAUGACCGGUGUAAAAGAGCAAACAUCUGCAUUAUAUGCCGCUCAUCUUGCCAAACAAGGUUUCUUCGCAAUCGCUUUUGAUGCUGCUUGUCAAGGAGAAAGUACAGGUGAACCUCGUGGAUUGGAAAAUCCACCUCAAAGAGCAGAAGAUGUCAAAGCUGUAAUUACGUACUUGACAACCCUUAAAGAAGUUGAUCCUGAAAAGAUUGGAGUCAUUGGCAUUUGCGCUUCAGGAGGUUAUACAUCUUAUGCUGCCCAAGGUGAUGGUCGAAUCAAAGCUUUGGCAACCGUGAGUGCUGCUUGUGUUGGUAGAAUGAUGCGUUGUGGUGGAGUUCAUCCCGGUUUAAAGGAAAACUCUGAAGCGAUUGCCGGUCUUCACCAAGCUGCAGCUCAAUGGCGUAAUGCAGAGGCAAAGCACGCAAAUGCACCUACUCAACCUGCUUUCCUCGUUAAACCAGAAGAUCAAACGCCCACAAGUGAUUCAUUCUAUCGUGAUGCAAGUGAAUAUUAUGGUACUUCACGUGGUGCUCAUCCAAGAUCCGAUCAAAAGAUGCCAAUGAUCAGUUAUGAUCAAAUGUUGGCUUAUGAUUCUUUCAACUUUCAGCAUAUUAUCAGUCCAAGACCUUUAUUGAUGAUCGCAGGAGAAAAAGCACAAACAUUGCAUUAUAGCGAAGAAGCACUUCAAAUUGCCAAAGAACCAAAAGAACUUUUCGUCGUUCCGGGUAAGAAUCAUUUCGAUUUAUAUGAUGAUCUUUCUGCUUCUGGACCAAAGAUAGUUGAAUUCUUUGCAAAGGCGUUCAAACAUACCCCAACGCAAUCUCAAUCCCAAGUACAAACUUCCAAUGAAGAAUUAGCAACUUUACAGCAACAAGAAGUGGAAGUAUUGGAAUCCAUCUUGGGUCCAGACUAUUCCAGGGUAGAUGCAGAUGCACAAUCAGCAUGGCAUAGAACGGCAACAGCAUCACCUACAGCUAGCGGUCAAUCCUCUUGUUCUUUCCAGAUCAUCUUACGACCAGACACAGAUUCACUAAAGUCAUCUGUAUUUGCUACCACCCGCUUCCGCUUGCCAAUUCGAUACCCUCUUUUACCGCCAAUUAUCACCGUCUUGACCGGAAACAGCGCAUUCAAGGGACUAUCAAGCAACCAUGUGAAAGGCUUGCAAGAUCUUUUGACGGCCAAGGCAAAAGAGCUGGCAGGGGGUGGGGAGAUGAUUUGGGACCUGGUAAGUGCUGCUCAGGAAUACAUCAGCUCAAACAAUUUGGAACGCAUCUCUGGACCAAACAGAAGCCUGGAAGAAGAGAAAAGAUUAAGAGAAGUUGAAAGGCAAAAAGACCUUCGAAAGAAGGCUCAAGAAGAAUCCCGUCAAAGAAGCAAAGAAGAGGAAGAAAGGGCAACAAAGAUUGCCCAGCUUAUUCGCGAACAAUCGGAAAAGAAUACUGCAAUGAUGCAGCAAGAGAAAGACAGGAAAAGAGACGCAAUGACUUUCUCUCCUUCUGAUACGCAGUUGAUGGGUUACCUCGGCGAAAAAGCAGAAACGGAGAAGAACUUCGCACAAAAGACGGAAUUCUUCAUGGACCCAAUCAAUGUGGAUGGCCAACUAACACAUCAAGUCAUCGUUGGUCCGCUUGUGCGUAGCACGCCCUUGUCUUCGAUACACCUUGUUGAAAGCUCUCAAAAUCGAUCGCAAACAUGGCUGAUGGAAAGCUAUCGGAUCAAUUCAGCCUACUAUGACUCAUCGAUCGGUAAACGUAUUUUAGAGGAAGUAGAAUGGGAAUUGGAGGUUCUGCGUAAAGUUCAUUGCGAUAAAUUGGUCAAUGUCUUGGCAAGUGCUCUUGUGUCUCCUAGUGCCUCUGAUGGAUCGACGAGCAAGAGACUUCUGGUCAUACAUGAAAACACUUCAGGUCCUUCGGCAGAGGUUCUGUUGUCCCAUUGCGUACAAUUACCUUGGUCGCGUGUACGCUUCUAUGCUUUGGAUCUGAUUGAAGCUUUGGACGCUUUGCAUAAUCGAAACGUACUUCAUCGUGAUGUUUCGCUGGAAAACAUCAUUCUGGAACAGAGUCCAGGUAACAUUGCAAAAGCAAAGCUCGCACGUUCUGGCUAUGCACGUAGAUUGUACGAUAUGAAUAUUGCUAACCCUUUGACGGAUCAUUCGACCGCGACAAGCUCAUUUCUCAAGGCACGAGCUGGGUGGGAUGCACCGGAAGUGACGUUAGAGGAGAAGGAGAACCAUGCUGUUGGCGCUGGAAAGUUGACAUAUACGAGAAAGAGAGACAUUUGGCAACUCGGUGUCACAAUUCUACAAAUGCUAUUGGGACCGCAGAUUGUCGAUGCAUACAGAUCUCCAGACGAAUUCUUCCAGGCUGCUCAGGUAGAUAAAACGCUUCUUGGCGGGCUAGAGUCUCAUGUAGUUAUGCUGUUGAGAGGCAUGUUAGAGACUUCCAUUCGCAAACGCCCAACGACGAUGGAAUUACGAAAUCGAUUUGAAGAAUUGGUUCGAUACGAAGAAGAAGAACAAGGCUCAGCUACACUAGAUGUGCCAUAUCAACGCAAAAUCGGUGGUGAUGAGCCUGGCCCUGUGGCACUUGCUCGGAAGGGACUAGCACGAACGAAGUCUGAACAAGAAGAUGUUUUCAGGCCAGGCAGCUUUUGGCAAUUAGGUCGAGAUCGAACAGCGGUUGGUAACACAUCCCGCUAUGAGAACGAUUUUGAAGAGCUUCAACUAUUGGGAAAAGGUGCCUAUGGAUCCGUCUUUAAAUCGCGAAACAAGCUUGAUGGAAGAGAUUAUGCCAUCAAGAAGAUUCGAUUGAGCGCAUCCGCUGAAAAUGAUGAAAAGACCUUGCGCGAGAUCACUGCUUUAUCGCGUUUGUCCCAUCAAAAUAUCGUUCGUUAUGUUACUUGUUGGAUUCAAACGCAAGAUGACCCUGCUGGAACGAGCACUACAGAUGGUACAGCCAGCACUUCGACCAAUCAGUUCAGUUCUAAAGAUUUCAUCUUACCUGGACUCAAUGAUGAUUUUCUGAGCGUUGGUCAUGACGCCUUCUCGCAAAAUGCAAGUCAUGUCCGAUUUGGAAACUCUGAUUCUGACGAUGAUGAAAGCAGCAGCUACGGCAAUGGCUCUAGGAUGAGAUCUUCAAGACAGAGCAGUGUGGGCAAAUUGAAGCAAAGUGCGCCAUCUACCGACAGUUCCGACGACGACGACUCUUCAGAUGAAAGAAGUUCCAGCGAUGACGAGAUGACACACAGCAAAAUUCAUCAAAGCUUCUCGCUACCUGCUCAGCCGAACAUAUCUGCCAAACCUCGUUGGCUUUUCAUUCAAAUGGAAUUUGUUGGAUUUCAAACAUUGAGAGAAGUCAUUGAUAGAGGCUUAUCGAUUGAAGAAAGCUGGCGAUUGUUUAGACAAAUGAUCGAAGCCUUGGCUCAUGUUGCGUCCCUCGGUAUCAUCCAUCGUGAUUUAAAACCAAGCAACAUUCUCAUCUUUGGUGAAGAGGGAAAUAACAAGAUGGACAAUAAGAUCACCCCUGCUAGCAUACGAACAGGAGAUGGAAGUGGUGCAGUCGUGCCUGUGGGUGAUAUAAAGAUCGGAGACUUCGGUCUGGCGACCACUACUACCUCCGGUCAGCAAAUGAACGACUCAAUCACAGGAGGAUUGCCAGCAUAUGGCACUGGAAUUGCGGCGACUGGAGGUGAAGAAAGUGUAGAUCAAACGACAGAGAUCGGCACAAAUUUGUACAUUGCACCUGAAGUUCUGAAAGCGGGUUCAUCUCGGUAUGAUCACAAAGUGGAUGUAUAUGCAGCUGGGAUCGUGUUUUUCGAAAUGUUGGCAUCGCAACGGGUUUACAAGACGGGCAUGGAACGCAUUCAAAUCUUACGUGAUCUUCGUUCAAAGGAAGUACGGUUUCCCGAAGGAUGGAAUGAAGCACAAAUGCCUGCUCAAACAAAAAUCUUACGCAAACUACUAAGCCAUGAUCCCAACGAACGUUUGAGUCCUCUUGAACUGCUCAAAAGCGAUUUGCUUCCGCCUAAGAUGGAAGACGAAUACAUUGCAGAAUGCAUGCGAUUGCUCAGUAUGCCCGAUAGCACAUACAAUCUGCAAUUGAUGGAUUCAUUGUUCAGUCGAAAAGAAACAUUUGAAGAACAUGAAGCACGCGAUUUCACUUUCGAUACUGGCAGCAACGAAGGAGCAGGAUUGGAUAAUCGCUUCAUCGGUGUUGCUUCAAGGUAUCUGCGAGCGCUGUUCCACCGUAAUGGAGCUGUUGAGCUUGAGGCACCAUUGCUUAUCCCGCCAAAUGAAUUGUAUGCCAAUCAGGAACAAAAGCCGGUGGAUAUGUUGGAUAAGACUGGUAAAGUUGUCCAAUUGCCUUUUGAUCUUGUUGUGCCAUUUGCCAGAAUGGUUGCUCGUGUUGAACAAUCACGUUUCAAAAGAUAUGCAAUUGCACCAGUCUUUCGACCCAAUCUGCUUGCUGGGGGUCAACCGCGAAGUGUGAUUGAGGUGGACUUUGACAUUGUUGCACCAGAGAAGACGUCUGCUGCCGAAGCUGAAGUUCUUGCUGUGGUGGAUGAAAUGUUGGACGAAGUACCUGGAUUAAAUGGAUCAGAGUGGGUCAUCCAAAUCUCGCAUGGUGCAAUUCUGGACCUUCUCUUGGAGCGCGUCCCAACCAGUCGUCGUGAUCAAGCAAUUGCUGCGAUUGGAAAGUUGGCUGGAAGUACGAGUAAGAAUGCUGCUACACAAGCUAGGGUGCGCUUAUCAACACUGGGCCUUCCUCGCUCUAUCACGGAUGAGAUUGAUAGUGCAAAUAUUUCAGACGAUAUCGAUGUGGUGAACGAAAAGUUGCAAAGACUUAUCGCAGUCGAUUUACGACCUCGUUUAGCAAGAGCAACAGAAGAGAUUCGUCAAGUGAUCGAAUCCGCUCAACAAUUUGGAGUUCAACGCAAAUUUUUGUUUACGCCUUUAUUGGUCACCAAUCCUGCAUUUUAUCGCGAUAACGUGUACUUUGUUAUUAUGCGUGGAAAGGGUAAGCGAAGGGAUGUCUUGGCAUCUGGUGGACGAUACGAUGCUCUACUGAAACGUUUUGCCAGCCCAACUCUGAACCGUGCCCCUGCUCAUGCUGUUGGUGUGCAGAUCGCAUUGGGACGUAUUGCAAUCGCGCUGGCCAAACAUCAAGAAGCAAAGAUGAUGGGAGCUUUGAAUAGCGGAAAUGAUGAAAGGACUUUAUUUGGGCCAUUCAUGCCAAGACGAUGUGAUGUUUACGUUGCAAGUGCGCCCGGAUUGUUGUCAACACGCAUGGAGAUCUGUAGAGAGCUUUGGUCAGCGAACAUCAGUGCGGAUUUGGCAUAUGAACAAGCCUUAGAAGAAUCACCGGAAUUAUUGGCUUCAACGUGUAAAGCUGAAGGGAUCUUGUUUCUAGUUAUUGCACGAUCACGCGGAAGUAUUGUGAAAGUCAAAUCAAUCGUCACCCGAUCCGAACAUGAAGUACAUCGAUGGGAACUCGUCACUUGGAUUGCAGAUCGCAUUCAAAGGUUGCGGAAUCAGGUCUCUGGUAAAGAUGCAAAUGAAUCCAAUCUGUCUGCUUUGAUGAGCGGUGCAAUGGUGACUGGAAGCGAGCAUCGAGCGAUCACAACAACUGGAGCAGGUGGUAAUGUCGGUGCAGCUGGAGGUGCAGGUGUUGCAUCCUCAGUGACGGGAAAUGCGAUUCAACAAUAUGCUGGAGAAGUGGAAGUGCUCUUACCAGAACGUCAACAUGAAAAGCGUAGAGCAGAUAAGCAUGGAUACAAUGAUACCCGAAGAGGAAGAAAGCAGGCUCAUUUGGGUCCAUUGCAAGAGAAUGCUGCCCGACAAGUUGCCAAGAUGAUCGAAGAGAUGACCGGUAGCGGAAGCAAUGUUAUGGUCAAUACAACAAAGUUUCCCAUCUUGGCAGUGGAUGUUGGGAUGAAUGCAAUAUCUAACGCUGGACAGGGCUUUGCUCAAUCGCCAACAGGAUUUGCUUCUUCUCAAUGGUCAUCACAAAGCAAUCUUUUUGCAUCUCAAAGUGGUGCAAGCGGUGGAAAUUAUGGUGGAAUGGGAGGUACAAAUGCGGGAAAUGCAUUCCAUCGUUUAUGUGCAGCAGCCAUUGCAAGGAACGAUGAUGGACUAUGGAAAUUAUUCUUAGAUACUCUUUCAUCGUUCGAGGAGCGGGAAUAUGGAAAGCAAUUACGCAGAAGGAUACGAGAGCUCGAAGGACGUGCUUGGUUAGUCUCUAUUCGAGUGGAAGGAGCGAUCACUUUGAUUUAAGUAAUGAAUCAUUUGUAUCUAUAGAAUCAUAACGAUAAAUAGCAUUUUUGAUCAAGAUG